AAGCUUAACUGAAAGAGAAAAAAAAAUAUAGAAUUUUAAAAAAACCCGGAUGUGAUGUCAUAUCGUUGUUCUCGAAGAAAGUAAAUAAGUGUUAAUUCCAACUUCGAUACGAUCAGCCCCAAAUAACUCUCCAUAUACACCAGCAGACUGCGGCCAUGCUGGGGCACUGCCUUGAAGAAUUUUAGUAGAACGAAUUGACCCCAGCACUUAUCAUUAUUAUUAUUUGAAUCCAUUGGUGACAGGAGACUCCCACAGUCACAGAACUGCUAAAUAACUUCACCAUGAACACGGGUCAAUUCUUCCAACGGGUUCUACCUGAAAGCUGCAUUUCCUUCUCUUCCGAAGAAGGCAAAACCAUCUUCACCGAAGCCUUGAUGUCUGGAUACAUGAACUGCUACUUCAAACUGGCAGCUCAGUUCCGUACACAGGACGAACCAGCCUACUGUGGUCUCUCUACAUUGGUCAUGAUACUCAACGCCCUGGAGAUUGAUCCAGGUAUUGCAUGGAAAGGUCCAUGGAGAUGGUACCAUGAAAACAUGUUGGAAUGCUGUGUUCCAUUGGAGGUGGUCAAGGUAAAAGGGAUCAGUCUGGAGCAGUUCACUUGUAUUGCUCAGUGUAAUUGUCUUGUCACAACAGUUGUACGUCCAGAACCAAAAGACGAAGAAACUUUCCGAAAUGUUGUGAAAUCUUACACAAAACGAGACAAUGCAUUCAUUGUGGCCACAUAUUCCCGUAAAGUUCUCAAACAAACUGGAGACGGACAUUUUUCACCAAUUGCAGGGUAUCACCCUGGGCGCGACAUGGUCCUCAUCAUGGACACAGCCCGGUUCAAAUAUCCACCCCACUGGAUACAUCUACCCUCUUUACUCACUGCUAUGAACACACAGGACAAAGCUACAGGAACUCUCCGAGGUUAUGUACUGCUGAGCAAGAAUACAGGCUGUGAGCACCCUGUUUUAUUCUGUGUGUCUUCUCAACUAAGUCUGGUAAUUCAUUCCAUAAUGCCAGCAGACAUUAUGACUUUUGUUCAAAAAUGGUGGGAUUUCUUGGAGCACCAAUCCGAGGCCACAGAUUGUCUUGUGACCAUCACGGAGGCGAUUGGCUGUAUAAUGAAGCUACUGAAUGAUCUGAAGGUAGAGAACUGGCUCCUGGACACACAUGUUCUUGACAAGAAAUGUCCUUGUGAUCUGCAAGAGAAGUUCCAAUGUACCAAAGAAUUGCUGUUAGAGAAACUUGAGAAGACCGACCUUUAUUUGCUGGUUUCACAACAUGGUGAGAAGAAGUACAAGGCCCCAACAUGCAUCUGUCAACCAGCGCAAAAAUGUGAAAACUCUAAAUCUUCGAAACCAUACAAAGCUGUACACAAUUUACACAUGGUAACAAUGCUUCUGUUUGCCUGGCCUUAUGGUGCAGCAACAAAUCCCGAUGCAGUACCAUCCGACAGCACCACUGCUGAAGUACUUAACAAGCAAGUACUAAGUAUGUACGUCAAGAAACAGAUCUUAGGAACAGAUUUAUCCAGAGAAGUUGAGGGUCUUAAAAACCAGCUGACUGUCAUUUUGGCCAAAGUGUAUUCAGACGAUAACAAUAAGGUUACAAAUGAUGUUGAUAAGCAGGACAACCAGUAAAGUUAACGAGGAAGCACACAAAACAACGAGAUUACUAACGAACUAAGAAUCCACUUGAUAAGUAAGAGAAAUUAUUAGUAGGCCUGGAUGAUGAACUGUAAAAGGUACUCUUAAGCCCUAUAUGGUGAAUAGUAAAUUCAUCGGAUAACAGGGCAGUGUAAAAGAACGAUAAUGGCUAAGUACUGGGGUUACUCAGAGAAAAUUGCGAGAUGUAUGGGAAUGAGUAGGUAUUUCAGCAUUAAUGGUAAGGAACAACUGCUGGGGUUAUUCAGAGGAAAUGGCCAAGUGUACAGGAAUGAAUAGCUUUUGACACCAAUCCAUCUAAAACCAACCCUGAUUCUAUGAUACAAAACAUCUUGUUUUAAAUGCUCUAAUUUUAAAACAUUUCUCCAAAAUUUCACAUUAACUUGUUUCAAAGACCAGAUUGGUAAGCACAAAGGUAUUUCAUUAAAUUCUUCAUUAUUCUUAGAAUUAAUUGAAAUAAAGGCAGUGUGUUUCAAUGGGAAUACGGUAACAAAAGGGUUAAGAUACAGCAUUCAUAAGGACUAAGAACUCGGGUUAAUCAGAGCAAAUGGCUAGUUGUAUGAGAAAGAGUAGAUAUUUUAUCGAAGUUCACACUUUCUGGAGUUAUUGAGAAGAAAUGGUUAAGUCUAUGUAAGAAGCACUAAUGGUAAAGACAAAGUACAGGGGUUAUUAGAAGAAAAGUUGAAUUGUACGUAAUAGGCAGGAUCAUACUUAACAUACUACCUCUAGUUUACAUUAUUACAAAAAACAAAAACCACAAUGUGUGUAGUUGUUGUUAGAUACCUGGAGGUCAACUUUGAUUGAGCAGUCUUAUGGUACAUAUAUAAUUGGCUGAAGGACUGAACAGUGACCUACAGAUCUGUUUUUACAGUUAUAUCAUUGACAUUGAUCUACCUCACUAAGGACCACACUGUACAUUUCAAUAUAAAAUGGUAAUUGUAUCCCUCCCCACAAAAAACAUUUCAUGCAAAUAUAUAUAUAUAUAUAUACAUAUAUAUAUAUAUAUAAAAGCAUUUUUCUGAAAAGUAUGAGAAAACCAAGUCAGAUAUGUGGAUGGUGGUCCACCAAUCUGUUGUUGUGGCAUGAAGAAUUUGAAGAAUUGUCAGAAGUUGUUGAUGCCAUAAGAAUUUAGAAACUUCAAGAACUUGAAAUGAAUUCUUUUAAUGGUGAAUCAUGAAACAAAUAAAACUAUAAGUAAUGUGUAAAUAUUGGGUUAAAAACCCUUUGAAUAGAAAACAAAACAAAGGUUAUCAUGUUUACAGGAGAUGUGGGUUCGAGUUCCAUGGGCAGCCUUUAAGGUUUUCUAUCCAAAAGGGUUUUAUCAACCAAAUAUUUACAUGCUAUUUGAUAUAGAUUUAUAUGUACAAAGGAGUGAGAUAUCUGGUGCCUUGCUGUACUCAAGAAGACCCAUCCUCCACAGCAGAAGUGUUAAUGCUGUUUCCUCUGCUGAAGAAGAUUGGCCUGCAAGAGCCCUGUGCCAGUGCCACAUUAAAAGCAUUCAUGCUGGUGCCAUGUAAAAAGCACCUGUGUUGGCACCACAUGAAAGCACCUGAGCUGGCACCACAUGAAAGUUACUGUGCCAAUGACAUAUAAUGAGCACCUAACAUGUUCUGUAAAGUGGUUGGUGUUAGGAGGGCGUCCAGCUGUAGUAAUCAGGCCAAAUCAGACCGGAACCUGGUGCAGCUCUCCUGCUUGCCACCUAAAGUCAAAACCCUUUAACCCAUGUCAGCAUGGGAAACACGUUAAAUAAUAAUAAUAAUGAUCAUAAUCCUUUCUACUAUAGUGGGGAGGGUUAAGUGUUUCAUUCAACUUGCUAAUGAAUCUGCCAGCUCACUACCUUAAUAAUAAUAAUAAUUUUUAUAAUCAUCAUCAUCAUCAUCUUUUCUACUGGAAGCAUAAACAAGGCCACAAAUUCGUGGGGAGGGGACAAGUCGAUUACAUUGUCCCCAGUGUUUCACUGGUAUUUAAUCUAUUGAUCCCAAAAGGAUGAAAGGCAAAGUUGACCUCAGUGAAAUUUGAACUCAGAUCAUGGUGACACGUGAAAUACCGCCAAACAUUUCGUCCAGUGCGCUAACAAUUCUGCAAGCUCAUUGCCUUAAUAUUAAUAAUAAUUAUGAUGAUGAUGAUGAUGAUGCUGUUGUACUUCAAGAUUCACUAUUCCAAGAAUAAGAAUUAUUUCACAUUCUCUCAAAAGUUUAUAAAUUAUGAUGUCACCAAUAUACAUAAUAUAUACAAUAUAUAAAAUUUCUAUCAUUCUAUAAUGAUAGAAUGCCUCUCAUGUCUACAGAUGUGGGUUCACAAGCAACCUUCAAUAUUUUUUUAUCAAAAAGGAAUUUUAAACCAUGUUCUUAUAAUGAAUUGUCAGAUAUAUUUUUCUACAAACUCUAUUUGAAGCAAUAAUUAAACGAAUGGUUUCCUAAAUCUA